UGCCCCUCCCUAGCUAGCCAUCUUAUCCAAGCCCUCCAUUGGCCUCUCCCUCCUAUAAAUUCGCUUGUUCUGCAUGCUGGUCUAUAUCCACAAUCACACUAGCCACUAGAAGCACUGAAGAAGCAGAGGGUGUCAAGCAUGGCGUCCAAGGGUCUUCUUGUGUUUGCUCUCCUGCUUGCUGCUGCUAUCCUCGUCGCCUCAACUGAACAAACUCAGGCCAAGAAGGAGGAGAAGAAAGCCGGUGUAGAGGGCUACGGCGGCGGCGGCGGCUACCCUGGAGGCGGCGGGGGAGGCUACCCAGGCCACGGUGGAGGAGGAGGCGGCGGCUAUCCAGGACACGGUGGAGGAGGAGGCGGCGGCUAUCCAGGACACGGUGGAGGAGGUGGCGGUGGCUACCCGGGCCACGGUGGAGGAGGUGGCGGUGGCUACCCGGGCCACGGUGAAGGAGGCGGUGGCGGCUACCCAGGCGGUGGUGGUGGUGGCGGCGGCGGCUACCCCGGACACGGCGGUGGCGGCGGCGGUGGCUACCCCGGACACGGCGGACGCGGCGGCGGCAGUGGAUGUCAAUGGGGCUGCUGCGGUAACGGGUACCAUGGGUGCCGCUGCUGUGCGCGCGCGGACGAGGUCCCGGAGCCCAUGUACCGCGCGGAGGUCCGCAACUGAGCACACGAGGUGCAGCCAUACGUAACGUACCUACGCGUGUGUGCAACUCGUGACGUUGCUCUGCGCACGUAUAGUAAGUUGCUGGUAAAUAUGGUCUCUGAUAAAUAAACUGCGUACGUAUACCGGUAUACGUACGAGAGCCCGUUUGCACUUUGCACAGUGAUCUUGGAGAACACACCCCUCUGUGUUCUUGUAUGUAUUAAUACCCCACUCUAUAUGUGUUCUCCGUGUACUGUAUGUAUCAAUUUCCAUGUUUACUGUUAUGGGAAUAUGUUGUUGUGGGAUAAAA